GCCCGAUAAAGCGGAAAGGCGAAACGGUACGGAAAGCCUCGUGUCAACGUUGAUGCAAUUAUGGCGCGUGAGGAAGAACAGUGGUGCUACUUUGACGGUGCGAACGGACGUCGAAGGCCGUCGUUGAUCUCGAUCCCGCUGCUGCUCGUCGUCUCGUGCGCUCUCCUGGCCGGAUCCUUGGCGGUCGCCGAGCAUGACCAGUCCUACUACAGUUACGGCGAAUGGAAUGACAAGUCGUCGUUCGAUCACCAAUUGUCGCAUAUCACGCUGAUCGAUGAUGAGAACGUAGAGAGGAUACGCCGAGCGACACUUGAUAAAUCGGUGGUGGCGACCGAGAAAGAGUUAACCACCAAGGAUCAACCACCGGUGCAGCCGCAACUACAGCAGCAGCAGCAACCACCACCACCACCACAACAACAACAGCAGCAGCAGCAGCAGCAGCAGCAUCAGCAAGAGCAAAAACCGCCGCAGCAGCAAUCGCAGCCGCAGCAACCGCAGUUACAGCAAUCGCAGCAACAGCAACAGCAUCAAACAUCGCCAGCACAACCGGCAUCGCCAAACACGACCAAUGCAUCUGCCGACGUAACGUAUUCCACAGCUUACUCGACUAGCGAAACCUCAACUGCUCGGCCGCUUGAUUCUGUUCCAAGCCCUAAGCCGGAUUUCAAGAAGAAAGCGACGCAGACAUCAAAUCCUGCAACCGAUACGGCGACGCUGCACGUUUGGGCGAAUCAGACGCUAUCGAAUCGCAAUAUCAGCGACGUCGGCAAGGCGGCGGAGCCGGAACAGCCGGGAGCGAAGGAGGCGGUAGAGGAAACCGUGAAAUCCGACGACAUCGGUGAUAUUUCCAUCAGCAAAUUCUCCGACGUGACCAACACCACGCUCACGCAGAACAACAUCACCAAGACCGUCUAUGAUCAUCAUCAGUAUUACAACAGCACUUUUAUCGUCGACGUCGACAUCUGCAAGAAAUACUGGGUCGACAUGGACAAGCACCCGGAUCUCAGGGUCAAUUACUUGCUCAGCCAGAGCCAUCGACGCGCCGCGACCGUCAAGCUAAAGUUUGAUUUCCCAUUCUACGGCUACAACGUGCGCAACAUCACUAUCGCUACCGGCGGUUUUCUGUACACCGGCGACUACGUGCACAGCUGGUUGGCCGCCACCCAGUACAUCGCACCGCUCAUGGCGAAUUUCGAUACCCGCCUGUCAAACGCCAGCUACGUCAAGUACGCUGACAAUGGUACGGCGUUUACGGUCGAGUGGGAAAAGGUGGUGCUGCAAGAUAGGCCAAAAGCCGGCGCGUUCACUUUCCAGGUGACCUUGCAUCAGAACGGCGACAUCGUGUUCGUCUACUCGGUGAUACCGCUUCUGGUCGAGAAAAUCGCGGAUACGAUGCAUCCCGUCAAGGUCGGCCUCAGCGAUGCCUACAUCAUGGACCGAACCGUCUUCUUCGUACGCCGGAAAACCAUUUACGAGUAUCAUCGUGUCAACUUCAACCGGCAGGACAUAAUGAACUGCACGGUAAUCUACCUGAAAGCAUUGCCCACGUGCCUCAAUUUCGACAAUUGCCGGGACUGCUUGACUAAAGUGCCCGACUUCGAAUGCAAGUGGUGUCCGGAUCUGAACAAAUGUAGCACUGGCACGUCCCGACAACGGCAGGAAUGGUUGCUAAAGGGUUGCGACACGCGUAACGUCAAGGACACGGACAAUUGUCCGGCGCAAGUUUAUAAAGGUGAUCAGUAUGAUCACGAUGGCCAUGUGCAUCCAGAGGACUCGAUCGCCACGAAUGAGAUGGGCGUGAAACAAGAGCGGUCCGGCAACAGUCCGUUAGACAGUUCUGCCUCGAACAGAGUGAAUAUGAGCGUAUCGGGAAUAAUUGGCAUUCUCACCGUCGUUGCUUUCGUGGUGGGUCUCGCGGGUUGGGGUGUAUAUGCUUAUCGCAACCCCCAUACCCCGUCGGGACAGAUGCUGAUCAGGUAUCGUCCGAGCCAAUGGAGCUGGCGAAGAGGCGAAGCCCGUUACACGGCCGCAACUAUUCACAUGUGAUGCGAGCCAUCACGCGAAGAUCCAGUCACAGUCAAUGCGAAACUGUCGAGUAAAUUUCCUAUUAAUUGUAGCCGAGCAUGUCGAGUAAGUCCGCGAUAGCGAAAUGCGUCGCGGAACGUCUACUCACGACGACCCGUGAUGCUCGUCAGGUUUGCAAUCAAUCGCGUCAAUACGAAACAAUCGCUUUUCUCCUGCGAUGAACUUCAGGUGGAACUGAUUAACUGACAAGCGACAAUGAACCUAUUUAGUUCUUUAUAGAUUCGACCAUGCGUUGAGAAAACAUAUCACGAUGCCUUAACGAUUUCAUUGUCAACAUGUUCACAAGAACGUGCACGCAUGUGCACGAGAAACUAUCGUGUGUACGAUAGUAUUCUUCUAAUGCGAGAACAAGUUGCGCGGAUAUAAAAAUAAUUAGGACCGAAAGAAAAUUCGUUUUACUGGGAAUUUAUAAAAUUUCUGUCUACCUACGACGAGUUUGCGAAUAACUGUUUUAUUUUCGUGUAACAUGUGCAUAUUAUAUACGUAUAUAUAUAUAAAUUCAUUAUGAAAGAUCGAACGCGAGAGAUUUUCGAAACCGUGACGUAUCGUAACUUGUGACGAUAGCGUCCUCAAAGUGACAAUUAACGUCGAUACGGCAUUUCGCUGAGUUUAUUUAGAUACCGAACGCAGCACUCGCAGAAUCGUUGGCCUCGCGCUUGCUCGCGAAUAAAUGCGAUGCUUGGCACGAGGUCUUCUUUCUUUCGCGUCAGUGAAACUCGGCGAAACGAUACCGGUGUUAAGCUGCGCUUUGAAACGCGAUCGAUGACACAAACGGCGGAAACAAAGGCUGGUGUUGGUUCCGAUAAAGCAGCGCUUUGGAAAAUGCGAUAUCGGAAGAAGACGAUCGUACAUAUAUCGAACAUCGAGACAUGGACAACGAUCGGGAACGUCAAGCAUUUAUGUGAUUCUUAGCAGCACGUGGUAUAUAUACCUUGUUAUUGUUUAAGAAUUCGUUUUCUUUUUUUUUGUCGUUAGGCAAAUUGCAAUAAUUGUUUUAUAUGUACGUAUAGUGUUCACAGCGGGACGAGAUGGCGACGUUUUAAAGGAGGGAAAGAAAAAAAGAAAAAGAAUUGACGGAAAAAUCGAAUGUUCCGAUCUAGAGCGUGGGGAAGUUCAAAGGCUUCGGCCACAGUUCGGUGGGCUCUUCGAGUAGUCGACAAUGAGAAGGGAAUACUUCUAAAUUAUUUAUAAUUCAGUUUGUAUCGAUAGAAAAUGCGCCUUAGAAUCAUUCGCAUUGUUGUCGCCACAUUCCAAAGCACGUUUCUCGAAGGUAAACUGCAGAGCCACUCGCGAACUGUAGUUUCAUCGCCCCAAUUUAUCAUCCCGUAAAACACAAAUAAAUAUAUAUGUAUAUAUAAAUAAUUACAUAGUUACAUAUGUUAUAUAGUUGUACGUAUAACUAUAUAAUUAUAUAUAAUAAUAAUCAUAUAUAUAUACAUAUAUAAAAUUGUGUAUAAUUGUUUGUAUAUAUAUGUAAUAAAAAAAAUAUAUAUAUAUAAAUGAUUAUACAUGCUCUAUAAUUAUAUAGUUACAGCUAUAUAAUUAUGUAGCUUUUUCUAUACAAAAGUAUAUUUUAUGACGACAUUUUUCCAAGAUCAUACAAGCACUUUACGCGUGAAACAAUAAACGAGCUAAAAAGAUAAAAAAAGGAUAGCACGAGAUAUGAAAAUUUUAUAGCAUCUACAAUUGCAUUAGUUGAGUGUAUAUAGUAGUUAUAUGAAAACAGCAUAAUUUUUAUCUAUUUUUAAGUGUAUAAUUUUUACUGUCAAAGGGUGCCUUCUUCUUCGUGGAAUUUUCAGGCAACAUAUCGUGUACAAUAAUAAUAAUAAUAAUAAUAAUAAUAAAAGAGGCAAAACGGAGAGGCCUGAGGGAAAAUCUCAUUGUAAAUCACAAUUCCCAAAAGAUUGUUUCGGUCCUCUUUGCCAAGUUAAAUUUUCCAUGCAAUCGUUCAAAGAUCAAUUAUUCAAAAUGCAUAAUAGUAGCCUGUUAAUAAAUAUUCGUAACGUAUCGAUUGCGAUUUCAUCGCGCGACCGCGAACCAACAGAGGGGACUGAAAUGAAUGAUUGUCAAACGGCUUUUCUUACAUUUUACUGUGUACGAUUUAAUUCAUAUAGUUUGUGAUAAUAAAUAUUGUAAUUAUUAUAGUAA